AUGGCAAGUGAACAAUUGAGUGGUAGGUGGUCUCUUAAUGGAAUGACUGCCCUUGUUACUGGUGGCACCAGAGGCAUUGGGCAUUCCAUAGUGGAAGAGUUAGCAGGAUUUGGAGCCACAGUAUACACAUGUUCAAGAAACCAAAAGGAACUUAAUGAAAGGCUGCAAGAAUGGGGAGCACAGGGUUUCAAAGUCUAUGGUUCAACUUGCGAUAAGGCUUCAAGAACAGAAAGAGAGGAACUAAUAAAGAAUGUCUCUUCCACCUUCGACGGCAAGUUGAACUUACUGAUAUUUUGUAGGAUGUGCCGGCUGAAAGUGAAUGGUAUGCUUAAAAAGGAGUAA